UGUUGCUUGACAUUCCAGCCGUUGUAUUUUUUUCCCUUGUAAUAACAUUAUCGUGAACGUGAAAGCCGUGGCAUUCUUCUCAGUUGCGUACGGCUGCAUGUACAAUUUUCAAACUUUUGCUGACGCGGCAGAUUAUUUUCUUCAUUGCGUGUGCAGGGUGGUCGUGUUUACGUGGCUAUGGUAUUGUCGUGCACAACUAUAAAAUUCAUCGCUGCGAUAUCAAUGGAUAUAUAUUUUCAAAGUACCUAAGCAAUUAAUUUUUUGAAAGCAUUAUUCCAGUAAUCGGAGAGACGCGCUGUGUUGUGCUAAUCAAAAAGCUCUAGUUCAUAUAACACCAGUGUUAAGUAUAACAAGGUAUAAGCAGGUAUAACAAGGUGUAACAAGGUAUAACAGGAUCCAAGACAAAAUGAAAGAAUUUGUCGUCACAGUUUUGGGGACUUUGGUACUUGUUUGCUUUGUUGCCCAAUGGAUUGCAUCUAGAACAAAAUCACAUAUGGUUGCUUCACUCAAUCCAGAAUUUAAAAAGUUUCAAAGAAUUUUCUUUGCCCCCUAUCUUUUGGCCCUUUUCUCAGACUGGCUUCAAGGCCCUUAUGUGUACAGACUGUACAGCCAAUAUGGAUAUGCUCCAAAAGAAAUUGCACUACUUUACAUUGUUGGAUUUGCUGCAAGCUCUACCGUUGGUACUUUUACUGGCCCACUGGCCGAUAUGUUUGGUCGUAGACGUCUGUGUUUAGCCUUCUGCUUCAUUUAUACUUUUUGUUGCCUCACCAAGAUGAGUCCAAAUUUUUGGUGGCUAUUUACCGGUCGGCUAUUUGGUGGGGUUGCCACUUCCAUUCUGUUUUCCACUUUUGAGGCGUGGUACGUCUGCGAACACACGGAGCGAAAUGUAUUUCCCGCCGACUGGAUAUCUUCGACAUUUUCCAUUUCUACAUUUUGGAACGGGAUAUUAGCAAUUCUUUCUGGUGUCGUUGCCGACUUUGGAGCUGAUUGGCUGAAUUUCGGUCCUGUAGCUCCAUUCAUGACUGCAAUUCCUUUCCUGAUUGCAAGCGCUAUUUUAAUUUCUCUGACUUGGCCAGAAAAUCAUGGCAGCCGCCAAUUUGGUUUGGGUCGUUCGUUCGUCGAGGGCCUGCGGACGAUAUUCAAUGACUCUGCAAUAUUUUUAUUAGGGCUAGUGCAAUCCAUGUUUGAAUCCAUUAUGUACAUCUUCGUUUUCCUAUGGACUCCUAUACUUGAUUCUGCCCAAUCCACUGAUGCCUGGCCUUUGGGGUUGGUAUUUUCCUGCUUCAUGGUUUGCAUCAUGAUUGGAUCCUCUAUGAAUACGCUUCUUCUAAAUCGCAAUAUUCGUCCUUCUACGAUCCUUUUAAUGAGCGUCGCCUGCUCUGCCAUCUCCAUGAUAACAUGCGCUUGGUCUACAAAUAUGCAACAUCGUUUGCCCGUUAUCAGUUUUCUGGCAUUCCUUUUAUUGGAAAUUUCAGUUGGUAUGUACUUCCCAGCAAUAGGGUAUUUGCGCAGUCAAGUAAUUCCAGAAUCCCAAAGGGCUAGCAUCAAUAACGUUUUUAGAGUCCCACUGAAUGUUAUCACCUGCACAGUGCUAUACUGUCUGCACAAAAAUGACGAUUCCGGAGGAAACCACGCAUCUGGGGGUGAUCAGAACGCAUUUCUUUUUAAUGUCGUUCUUAGUUUAGUGGGUUUUGUUGCAGCCAUGGCAUUUAGUAAGAGGUACGAAGAGAAGAGUAAGACAUCGACUGAUGAGAAGAAUGAACCCUUAAUAUAAUUAUAUUUGCUAAGACAAAAAAAAAAGUAUUAUUAGAAUUAAGAUAGGGUAUGGACACAAUUUCGAACUAUACGAGUUUCUCUGAAUUUUUCUUUUCAACCCUUCCAUCUGAAGGAGUCUCGAUCACGAUAAAUUCGAUUUGUCAUCAAGUUAUUUUUGUUCGUGACCCAUUUUAAUUGUAUCCCAAACCAAAUCAAAAUUCCCGAAAGGUGCUUCCGCCUAACCGAGCCAAAAUAUGUGCAUGACAUGGUACCAAUUGUUGCAAUACUUAUACAUUUGACUAAAGGGA